AUGCUGUUGCAGUGGAGUCUCAUCAGAAAAUCAGAAACAGCUGCGCAGAAGCGGCUGCGCAGGAACAGCUGCGCAGAAGCGGCUGCGCAGAAGCGGCUGCGCAGAAGCGGCUGCGCAGAAGCGGCUGCGCAGAAGCGGCUGCGCAGAAGCGGCUGCGCAGAAGCGGCUGCGCAGAAGCGGCUGCGCAGAAACGACUGCGCAGAAACGGCUGCGCAGAAGCGGCUGCGCAGAAGCAGCUGCGCAGAAUCAGCUGCGCAGAAUCAGCUGCGCAGAAGCAGCUGCGCAGAAGCAGCUGCGCAGAAGCAGCUGCGCAGAAACAGCUGUGCAGAAGCAGCUGCGCAGAUACAGCUGCGCAGAUACAGCUGCGCAGAAACGGCUGCGCAGAAACGGCUGCGCAGAAACGGCUGCGCUGAUACGGCUGCGCAGAAACGGCUGCGCAGAAACGGCUGCGCAGAAACGGCUGCGCAGAAGCGGCUGCGCAGAAGCGGCUGCGCAGAAGCGGCUGCGCAGAAGCGGCUGCGCAGAAGCGGCUGCGCAGAAACGGCUGCGCAGAUACGGCUGCGCAGAAACGGCUGCGCAGAAACGGCUGCGCAGAAACGGCUGCGCAGAAACGGCUGCGCAGAAACGGCUGCGCAGAAACGGCUGCGCAGAAACGUAUGCGCAGAAACGGCUGCGCAGAAACGGCUGCGCAGAAACGGCUGCGCAGAAACGGCUGCGCAGAAACGGCUGCGCAGAAACGGCUGCGCAGAAACGGCUGCGCAGAAACGGCUGCACAGAAACGGCUGCGCAGAAACGGCUGCGCAGAAACGGCUGCGCAGAAACGGCUGCGCAGAAACGGCUGCGCAGAAACGGCUGCGCAGAAACGGCUGCGCAGAAACAGCUGCGCAGAAACAGCUGCGCAGAAACAGCUGCGCAGAAACAGUGCGCAGAAACAGCUGCGCAGAAACAGCUGCGCAGAUACAGCUGCGCAGAUACAGCUGCGCAGAAACAGCUGCGCAGAAACAGCUGCGCAGAAACAGCUGCGCAGAAACAGCUGCGCAGAAACAGCUGCGCAGGAACAGCUGCUCAGAAACAGCUGCGCAGAAACAGCUGCGCAGAAACAGCUGCGCAGGAACAGCUGCGCAGGAACAGCUGCGCAGAAACAGCUGCGCAGGAACAGCUGCGCAGGAACAGCUGCGCAGGAACAGCUACGCAGGAACAGCUGCGCAGGAACAGCUGCGCAGGAACAGCUGCGCAGGAACAGCUGCACAGGAACAGCUGCGCAGGAACAGCUGCGCAGGAACAGCUGCGCAGAAACAGCUGCGCAGAAACAGCUGCGCAGAAACAGCGGCGCAGAAACAGCGUGAAGUCUCAUCAGAAAAUCAGAAACAGCUGCGCAGAAGCGGCUGCGCAGGAACAGCUGCGCAGAAGCGGCUGCGCAGAAGCGGCUGCGCAGAAGCGGCUGCGCAGAAGCGGCUGCGCAGAAGCGGCUGCGCAGAAGCGGAUGCGCAGAAACGGCUGCGCAGAAACGGCUGCGCAGAAGCGGCUGCGCAGAAGCGGCUGCGCAGAAGCGGCUGCGCAGAAGCGGCUGCGCAGAAGCGGCUGCGCAGAAGCGGCUGCGCAGAAGCGGCUGCGCAGAAGCGGCUGCGCAGAAGCGGCUGCGCAGAAACGGCUGCGCAGAAACGGCUGCGCAGUAACGGCUGCGCAGAAACGGCUGCGCAGAAACGGCUGCGCAGAAACGGCUGCGCAGAUACGGCUGCGCAGAAGCGGCUGCGCAGAAGCGGCUGCGCAGAAGCGGCUGCGCAGAAGCGGCUGCGCACAAGCGGCUGCGCAGAAGCGGCUGCGCAGAAGCGGCUGCGCAGAAGCGGCUGCGCAGAAGCGGCUGCGCAGAAGCGGCUGCGCAGAAGCGGCUGCGCAGAAGCGGCUGCGCAGAAGCGGCUGCGCAGAAGCGGCUGCGCAGAAGCGGCUGCGCAGAAGCGGCUGCGCAGAAACGGCUGCGCAGAAACGGCUGCGCAGAAACGGCUGCGCAGCAGCAGCUGCGCAGAAGCAGCUGCGCAGAAGCAGCUGCGCAGAAACAGCUGCGCAGAUGCAGCUGCGCAGAAACAGCUGCGCAGAAACAGCUGCGCAGAAACAGCUGCGCAGAAGCGGCUGCGCAGAAGCGGCUGCGCAGAAGCGGCUGCGCAGAAGCGGCUGCGCAGAAGCGGCUGCGCGGAAGCGGCUGCGCGGAAGCGGCUGCGCGGAAACGGCUGCGCAGAAGCGGCUGCGCAGAAGCGGCUGCGCAGAAGCGGCUGCGCAGAAGCGGCUGCGCAGAAGCGGCUGCGCAGAAGCGGCUGCGCAGAAACGGCUGCGCAGAAACGGCUGCGCAGAAACGGCUGCGCAGAAACGGCUGCGCAGAAACGUAUGCGCAGAAACGGCUGCGCAGAAACGGCUGCGCAGAAACGGCUGCGCAGAAACGGCUGCGCAGAAACGGCUGCGCAGAAACGGCUGCGCAGAAACGGCUGCGCAGAAACGGCUGCGCAGAUACGGCUGCGCAGAUACAGCUGCGCAGAUACAGCUGCGCAGAAACAGCUGCGCAGAUACAGCUGCGCAGAAACAGCUGCGCAGGAACAGCUGCGCAGGAACAGCUGCGCAGAAACAGCUGCGCAGAAACAGCUGCGCAGAAACAGCUGCGCAGGAACAGCUGCGCAGGAACAGCUGCGCAGGAACAGCUGCGCAGGAACAGCUGCGCAGAAACAGCUGCGCAGGAACAGCUGCGCAGGAACAGCUGCGCAGGAACAGCUGCGCAGCAACAGCUGCGCAGAAACAGCUGCGCAGAAACAGCUGCGCAGAAACAGCUGCAGAAACAGCUGCGCAGAAACAGCGGCGCAGAAACAGCGGCGCAGAAACAGCGGCGCAGAAACAGCGGCGCAGAAACACUCUAUAGCCUCCGGUUACAGGAGCAAGCGGCUGCGCAGAAGCGGCUGCGCAGAAGCGGCUGCGCAGAAGCGGCUGCGCAGAAGCGGCUGCGCAGAAGCGGCUGCGCAGAAGCGGCUGCGCAGAAGCGGCUGCGCAGAAGCGGCUGCGCAGAAGCGGCUGCGCAGUAGCGGCUGCGCAAAACGGCUGCGCAGAAACGGCUGCGCAGAAGCGGCUGCGCAGAAGCGGCUGCGCAGAAGCGGCUGCGCAGAAGCGGCUGCGCAGAAGCGGCUGCGCAGAAGCGGCUGCGCAGAAGCGGCUGCGCAGAAGCGGCUGCGCAGAAGCGGCUGCGCAGAAGCGGCUGCGCAGAAGCGGCUGCGCAGAAGCGGCUGCGCAGAAGCGGCUGCGCAGAAACGGCUGCGCAGAAACGGCUGCGCAGAAACGGCUGCGCAGAAACGGCUGCGCAGAAACGGCUGCGCAGAAACGGCUGCGCAGAUACGGCUGCGCAGGAACGGCUGCGCAGGAACGGCUGCGCAGGAACGGCUGCGCAGGAACGGCUGCGCAGGAACGGCUGCGCAGGAACGGCUGCGCAGGAACGGCUUCGCAGGAACGGCUGCGCAGCAGCGGCUGCGCAGAAGCGGCUGCGCAGAAGCGGCUGCGCAGAAGCGGCUGCGCAGUAGCGGCUGCGCAGAAGCGGCUGCGCAGAAGCGGCUGCGCAGAAGCGGCUGCGCAGAAGCGGCUGCGCAGAAGCGGCUGCGCAGAAGCGGCUGCGCAGAAGCGGCUGCGCAGAAGCGGCUGCGCAGAAGCGGCUGCGCAGAAGCGGCUGCGCAGAAGCGGCUGCGCAGAAGCGGCUGCGCAGAAACGGCUGCGCAGAAACGGCUGCGCAGAAACGGCUGCGCAGAAACGGCUGCGCAGGAACGGCUGCGCAGAAACGGCUGCGCAGAAACGGCUGCGCAGAAACGGCUGCGCAGAAACGGCUGCGCAGAAACGACUGCGCAGAAACAGCUGCGCAGAAGCAGCUGCGCAGAAGCAGCUGCGCAGAAUCAGCUGCGCAGAAGCAGCUGCGCAGAAGCAGCUGCGCAGAAGCAGCUGCGCAGAAGCAGCUGCGCAGAAACAGCUGCGCAGAUACAGCUGCGCAGAUACAGCUGCGCAGAUACAGCUGCGCAGAAACGGCUGCGCAGAAACGGCUGCGCAGAAACGGCUGCGCAGAAACGGCUGCGCAGAAACGGCUGCGCUGAUACGGCUGCGCAGAAACGGCUGCGCAGAAACGGCUGCGCAGAAACGAAUGCGCAGAAGCGGCUGCGCAGAAGCGGCUGCGCAGAAGCGGCUGCGCAGAAGCGGCUGCGCAGAAGCGGCUGCGCAGAAGCGGCUGCGCAGAAACGGCUGCGCAGAUACGGCUGCGCAGAAACGGCUGCGCAGAAACGGCUGCGCAGAAACGGCUGCGCAGAAACGGCUGCGCAGAAACGGCUGCGCAGUAACGGCUGCGCAGUAACGGCUGCGCAGGAACGGCUGCGCAGAAACGGCUGCGCAGAAACGUAUGCGCAAAAACGGCUGCGCAGAAACGGCUGCGCAGAAACGGCUGCGCAGAAACGGCUGCGCAGAAACGGCUGCGCAGAAACGGCUGCGCAGAAACGGCUGCGCAGAAACGGCUGCGCAGAAACGGCUGCGCAGAAACGGCUGCGCAGAAACGGCUGCGCAGAAACGGCUGCGCAGAAACGGCUGCGCAGAAACGGCUGCGCAGAAACGGCUGCGCAGAAACAGCUGCGCAGAAACAGCUGCGCAGAAACAGCUGCGCAGAAACAGCUGCGCAGAAGCAGCUGCGCAGAAACAGCUGCGCAGAAGCAGCUGCGCAGAAACAGCUGCGCAGAAACAGCUGCGCAGAAACAGCUGCGCAGAAACAGUGCGCAGAAACAGCUGCGCAGAAACAGCUGCGCAGAAACAGCUGCGCAGAUACAGCUGCGCAGAUACAGCUGCGCAGAUACAGCUGCGCAGAAACAGCUGCGCAGAAACAGCUGCGCAGAUACAGCUGCGCAGAUACAGCUGCGCAGAAACAGCUGCGCAGAAACAGCUGCGCAGAAACAGCUGCGCAGAAACAGCUGCGCAGAAACAGCUGCGCAGGAACAGCUGCACAGAAACAGCUGCGCAGAAACAGCUGCGCAGAAACAGCUGCGCAGGAACAGCUGCGCAGGAACAGCUGCGCAGAAACAGCUUGCAGGAACAGCUGCGCAGGAACAGCUACGCAGGAACAGCUGCGCAGGAACAGCUGCGCAGGAACAGCUGCACAGGAACAGCUGCGCAGGAACAGCUGCGCAGGAACAGCUGCGCAGGAACAGCUGCGCAGGAACAGCUGCGCAGAAACAGCUGCGCAGAAACAGCUGCGCAGAAACAGCGGCGCAGAAACAGCGGCGCAGAAACACUCUAUAG